CUUCUUCCCACUUGUUGGGUCAAGGUGUACAAAUUCUUCUCCCGAUGAAUUUUCGAAGGCUUCAGCCUAAAAACACGUCUAGCUACAGUUUCAUCGCCAGAAAAAGAAGAAGUAUACGAAAGAAAACGUAUUUUGUGGUGAAAUAACACACUAGGAGGAAUUUUAACGUUUGAUUCCCGAAAUCAACAUGCCCAAAGGAGACUCGAAGGGCAAAGGGAGUCGCGGAAAACGCGGACAGCAACCAAGAAAGAGAGGUGUGCUUCUGAUAGUUUAGUCCUUUUAAUUCAAUUUUUAACAAUCUAGAACACCCAAAAAUUUUUGUUAAAAUUGUAGGUCGAAUCGGAUCUCAGCAGUCCGAUUUUGGUUUUACGCCGUGUUGAGAAAUCAACAGUUACGCGCCAUUCUCCAUUCAUUCAUGUGCUCGGUUUCCGUUCGAUGUGAUUAAUCCUCUUCCUAAAGUAGUUUGUGAUUUUCCUUGUUUACUAUUUGUGUAGGAAGAAGAGGAGGCGAGGACAGUGAUGAGGAAGAUUUUGAAAACCAAAGUGUGGCGAGUCAUGCCUCUACAACAGACACUCACAGUGCAGAAGAAGGUUUGACUGUUUUCGACGGCACGUGAAAAGCUAAUGCUUCCGCGGAUUCUUAUGAAGUACUUAUGAUGUAGAUAUUUGCUUCAGUAUCGUUAAAUCUGAUAGCAGUUUUUUUUGCAGCUGAUGGUUUCGACGAAGGAGCAGAAGAGGACAUCGAAGACGAUUUUGAGCAUAUCCUUGCAGAAAAUAUUGAUGGUGCAACUCAGAAAAGGUACUUUGUUUGGCACGUUAUUGUUUUUCAUUUUAACAUGAUUGUUUUCGCUUUGAUUUGUUGCCCUUAUGCACGGCUUAAGUUAACUGAACACUUAAGUUAAAAAUCCUGAAGUUUUGCACACUUUUUUGCUGUUCAUGUGGAUGGAAUGGUUUUAAAUAUAUUGCUUGACCGUGAUUAAGAAAAUGGAACUACGGUUUGUGCUACAAAUUGAUCAUUGAAAGAAAACCUCUCGUUUUCUUUUAAGCCUAGGAGCAAGUUUUCGUUAUUUCUCUCGAUACCUAAACCUAUUUCAUUAACUGGAUAAAAUUUUAAGAAAUACCCGGACUCCGUCUAUUAUUUUGCGUAGAUUUCGACAAUUGUUAGAAAUAUAAAUGUACGCUCUAACAACCGAAGUUAUUCUGGUUUUAAUGGUUGGUGUCGAUAAUUCCCUUAUGGAUUUCCUUUUCUUUUCUGAUGUUUUCAUAUUGCACCACAAUCCAACAUUUGAGAACCGUUGAUAUGCUUACAUAACAUGCUUCAUCCUUCAUUGUUCGUUCCGAAGCUUUUUCAAACAAAUAAUGUUUCAUGUAGCAACCUGAAGUAAAUACUCUCAUCAUCUGCAAUUAUAGUACCAGCUUGAACUUGUAAGAGGGUUGGGGGUAGAAUUCGUUCAAGGGGUCAGUCUGUCUUUCAAGUUGCAGUUAAACACACAAUUAUGUGGCUAAUUCAUGCUAUGACCCGUGGAAAAUUUUCGGCUAAGCUGCAUAAUACCCUGCCACUCAUGUACAUGUCUUUGAAUAAGAAUAAUGUUUAUUGUGUUAAUGCCACGACCUUCAAAGCCUCCCGACACAUGUAAAUGAGGUGGACCAAACUGGCAGGGUAUUCUGCAGUUGCUCCAAAUGUUCAAUCAGUUGAAUCUGUCUCAAGUGGCACCAUUUAAAUUAACCAGUUACCCUGUAUUUAGCGGUUGGUUGUCAAGGUCCUGAAUAUCACUGUAAUUUUAACCUCUAUAAGUGGCUGCCACAAUUGAGAAGUUGUGUUCACCUUUGAGUGAGUCCCAGUGGCAACACUGCAAGACAACUCUUUAUAAAUGUUCCAUGAAGUUGUGCUGAGGGGGAGAGUUGUCUUGAGUACCCAAGACCUAUAAAUGGAGCCAAACACUGCAACAUAGACUCAGUGAUAAAGAGGGAAUGCAGAAACAGAAAGGAAAAUCAUGUCUUCAGACUUUGUUUUGAUAGAAGCUUCUACAUAUCAAAGGACAGGUGUAAUGACAAUAUAUUAUGGACUAUUAAAUGUCAUGUAAACAGUCUUAAAAAAUCGGCCUGAGGAGGUAAAACUGAAUGUGAGAUGAAUUUAGAAAAUGGAAUGAAAAUGGUAAAAAUGUAUAUUUUUUUCUAAAUCAGCAGCUUUGAAUUUCAUUGAAUUUUUAGAUCAUGUUUAAUUUUAUUGGCAGUUCUAAGGGAAGGCAGUCUGCUCUGGUUGCUGUUCAAAAAGCUCUGAAGUCAAGGAUCAUUGGUGAAUUUAUCUUAUACAGGUGUUUUUCCUUUUCAUAUAUUAUUUUUGUUAUUAUCCCUUUUUCUAUUAUUAUUAUUAUUAUUAUUAUUAUUAUUAUUAUCAUAUUUCAAUGUAUUUGUCAUGCUUUUUAAACUGAUAUACAAAUUUCAUAACCCUGCUUGUUUCCUGACCAAAUAGGAUAUUAGUUUCUAAAGAAACUGUGGUGCUGCAUUGUGCUCUAACAAGAUAAUUAGGUUUUCAGACAUGGUUUGAUGCUACUCUGGUUUAAAGAUUUAAUGAGUGUAACUGAAUAAGUUACAAUUCAUAGACCCAACAUUUUGACACUCCUGUCUGGUGCCUUCAUCAGUAGUGAUCUAAACACUGCAACAAGAGAUCCUCUUGUUGUAUUACUUAACCCUUUAAACCCCAAGAAUGACCAAGAAUCUUGUUGCAAUGACCAAGAAUCUUGUUUUCAUAGAUGUUGGGUCUAUGAAUUGUAACUUCUUUGGUUACAUUCAUUAAAUCUUGAAACCAGAGCAGCAUCAAACCAUGUCUGAUUGUCUACCUGGUUGCCAUGUGAACUUUAAUAUAGUAUAAUUAGGUUUUAUCGACAGAGUUGAUAAUGUAAAUUAGCUCUGUUAAGAGUUUGAAAGCUGAAAGCUCAAACUCAAAACUCUUUACAGUGGCCAAUUUAAAUUAUGACCUCAGUUGAUAAAACCUAAUUAAUUUGUAAAGAUGGAGUAGAAAAUAUUCAGCAGAGUCAUUUUUUUUACCUUAUUACAAAUUUUCACAAUGGAAAUGAAAGCACUGUAUGACAGUUGGUGGAUGAUUUUUAAUGAGAUAUUUGGAGUGAAGGAGUGAAAAGUUAGACCAUUCUAGGGGACAAGUUGUUGGGACAAAUCUAUCUGCUGUGUGUGGUAUGGAUGAUUUUUGCAAAAUUCUCUGCUCUGUAACAUAAAAUUUGCCAAAAUGAAAAGUUACAAAACUUCACUCUUUUUGAAUUUAUGCAAUGACUGCGGCUAUGAUAUGAGUCGCACUGAUUGGUUCAGGAAACAGUGCACACAAAGUAGUAUGUUGUAGAGGCAUGUUAAAAUAAGUCAUCUCUCAGGGCAUCCUCACCUUAAUUCUUUCCUCUCAUGGUGCCCUUUUUCCUUCAAGAGUAAAAGUUGUGCAUGUUGUUAAUUUGUCAUAAUGUUAAUGAUCUUAUAAAAAUACUCAAACAUAAUAAAGAUAUGGUGAAAAGCAAACAGCAUAUCUUCUAUAAACCCCUCUAUUGGUUGGGAUAUAAAUGAGGGUUUCACUUAAAACCAUGCUACCAUGAUGCCAGUUUUAAAUGUUUUUUUCCUGUUUUUUUUCUUCAGGAAAAUGACUAUUCUGGAUUUUAUUGAGAAAUGUGUUAAAAAAGGUAGGUUUUAGCCAGCUAUUAAACAAAAUUUGUUUAAUGUAAGUAGUGAGUACUUCUUGUAUCUCCAUCUUCAGGUAGAUGAGGAAGAAUAGCUUUCAAAAUUAGCUUUAUAUUCUUAAGUAACGAUUGAUUAUCAUAUGUGCAAUAAAAAAAUAAAACAAGAGAAAAGACUUGAAUUCCUAGAUUCAGUUAGACUCUCAUAAUACUUAGCCCCUUAAGCCCCAAGAAUGACCAACAUCUGUUUUCUGCUUCUAGCACUACUGCUGUAUCAUUAAUUAAGAUCAUGAGAAUUAAGGAAAUGAUUGCCAACCUCAGAAGCUUUGAUUGUUAAACAAAUUCUCCUAGUUAGUGCCAAAGGAAAUGUGGAGAGAAGAGUAGGAAGAAUAUGGACAGGGAUGUUAGCAUGUAAAGGGUUAAAAUUUAUGUGAGUAACUUGUCACCUGAAUUUCCCAUGGAGACCACUUAUGAGGUUUUCAUUCCCAAGAUAGUCUGCACCCAAUUUUUGCUUUUGUGGUCAUAUGCUGUCAAAUAGUCCACAGAUUAUUGAAGCAAUCCUCGCAGUUAUGAACACUGCUGAAUUAGUAGUUGAAUAAGGCCUGAAAAAAUUCAGGCCUGUAUGGGAUUUGAACUCGUGACCUCUGCAAUACUGGUGCAACACUCUACCAACUGAGCUAACAAGCCAACUGGGAGCUGGUCGUUAUGUUGGAUCCAAAACAUAAUCGAGGAUUGCUUCUAUAUUUGUUUCUUCAACUGCAGUGCACAUAUACAAUUUUCAUAUAUAUACAGUCAUUAGUUCACAGAUUGUUUAAUGAUGUGCAAAGGGUACUGGCACUGAAGGGAUUAAACACAAGUAAAAGUCAACAUUCUCUGUGUUGACAAGUAUGAUUAAGUAACAAAAUGGAAUUGUUUUAGGUACCACAGAAGAUCGAGUUCUGGCAUCAUCCAUAGCAGCCCUGUUAUGUGUUCAGUUGGGUGCAGGGACUGAAAGUCAACAUGUCUUCAAAACUCUCAAGCCAUAUCUAAUCACUGUUAUCCAGGAUAAAACAGCUAUGCCAGUUGCCAGAUCCAGUGUAAGAUUGGCUCACUUUAUCUGACUGUUAGCUAUAUUUGGUUCAUGGUUACUUAACCCUUCAACUCCCAGAAGUGAUUAACAUGUAACUUCUCCCUAUAAUAUCCAUACAUUAUCUAGCAAAGAGGUAAUGAGAAUACUCAAACCUAAGUAGAAGUUGUUAUCUUUAUCUACAACCAAAUUUUCACGACUAAUUUAAAAGGGAAUGAGCAGAAGCAAGAGGGGAGAAUUAACAAUCAGAUCUAGGGAGGUAAGAGUUAAGCAUUGAGUUGUGUCUGACGUUACCAUUUUUGCUUACAAACACUACAUUUAAGUUUGCUUAAUUGACUUUUAUUGCAGCCUGUCCCAUGGUUUUCUACUGUGUUUGACCAUGACAUGGGUUUUGCAGGGACCUAUUGUUCCUUAUGACAGACUCUUGAGUGCUGAUGAAGAGUUAACCCUUUCACUCCCAGGUCAAAUUUGUAAUUCUCCUUACUGUCAACCAUCCAAUUCUUAUAAUGCUAGCUCAGAGACUUUAGUAUUGGAUCAACUAAUCCCCAAAUUGAUAUUUUUCUUAAUUCUUAUCAAUUAUCUGGUUGAUAUUGUAUAGAUAUUGUUAGAAGAAAUUCUGUCUUGGUCACUCAUGGGAAUUAAAGGUUAAGGCUGGAUAUCUUUUUCUUGAGUUACAGUUUCUAGAUCAUCCUUUUUUUUGCUCUUUUAGUGUGCAACAGCUCUUUCUGUCUGCUGUUUCAUUGCCAAUGAGGAUGCUGAUGUAAGUAUCCUAAAUAUAUAAUUAGUAUUGAUUUCACUUUAUCAUACUCUAAAUAUAAUAGUUACAGGUGUUGUAAAUUGCUGCUAUUUGUAUAAUAGUGCUAAUUGUCUUUAAUUUUUUUUUAAAAUGCCAAGAAUAAAUUAAAUGUCAAGAAUAGCUGCCAAACAAAAUAGAUGUUGGUCUUGCUAAGUGUCAAGUUGCCCUUCAAAUGUUACUUGGUUCUUGCAAGUAGAACCAUAUUGAUUCUCUCAUAAAGCUAUCACAACUUGACAAUCAUAUCCCUCCAUUGUAGGAGCUCUUUGAAUGUCUCAGUACCUUGGAAGCAAUAUUUGACAGCAAGAAGACUGUUAAAGCAGAUGAAGUGGAACUUUACUAUGGCAUUUUAUUAGCAUGGGCUCUCCUUCUAUCUGUGACACCUCCCCCAGAAGCUUACACGCUUAUUAACAAGUAAGAAUACCCAGAGCUUUAGAGCUGAGCAAAAUCACUUUGAAAGGAUCUUAGAGAAAAUGGCCAAGACCAGUGUUUCUUGCCAUUUUGACUCUCAAAUUGUGAUGUUGCUUACUUUAAAUCUUCCUUUUAUAUGCUGGUUCAAAUGUUUAAUUAGUUGGUAAAGUGUGUAGAGGAUCUACAGAACAUAACUUGGUUUAUGUGUAUCAACUAAAUGUUAUGUUUUAAACAACUUACUUUUUGUUUUAUCAGACACUUAAGAAGGAUGAAGUUUUUGCUAGAGACAAGUGACCUCAAUGUGCGCAUUGCUGCUGGAGAGAUCUUAGCUCUUAUGUAUGAGAUGGGGCGUGAUAUUAAUGCAGACUUUGUUGGGGACAAUAAUGGCUUGUGUGACUUAUUGAGGGAUCUUGCUACCGAUGGAAACAAGCACAAAGCAAAAAAAGAUCUCAGACAACAGCGAUCAAGUUUUAGAGACAUUUUAAGAACUGUGGAGGUACUUAGAUCCUUUAUUAUUCUUUGUUUCCUCUGGACACUUAUUAAAGCUAUAACUAGUUGCAAUAAAAUGGUGAGACACCUUGAGCAACAAGUGCCGUUACCGACUUCAUAAGAUAUUCAAUGUUGUCUAUCAAAGAUUUGUAUGUGAUAUGUGAUAUGUGAUUUGUAUGGUGAUCAUUUUUCUCUUGUCAUAUCAGUGUGUCUUAACUACUUUUGUAACUAGUUGUAGCUAAUUUACUGAAGAUUUCAACAGUUUUUGCCCAUAAUUGGGAACUUUUUAGAGGUUUAUCACUCUCAUGGGAAGAUGUAUUAGAGAGCAUUAAUGGUAAAUGAGAAUGUAGACCUGUAACUUACCUACAUGUUGAGCAGAAUCUUUCAGUUGUACUUAGUAACGAAAGUUUGGAAUAAGCAAUCCUCUUUGAUAAAAACUACUAGAUAAAAAUAUUAGGCAAAAUGAUGUUGUGAGUAUUGUAUUUUGUAAAUGCUCUUAUUGAAAUAUUGUUGUACAUUUACCCUAAGUAGGUAACAGUUCACUGCAAGUGAUAGUUUUAGUGGAAAGCCUACAUUAAAUUCCUAUUCAUGUAUUGUACUUUGUUCAGAGAAUACAUAUAUACAAUAUUCACAGAGGCUUGGCAAGACUUCAGAAGAAAGACAGUUGCUUGGAAAGAGUAAUUAAUAAUGUCUGACCUCUUUAAUAAGCCUUUUUGUUGAAGGUCUGUAAAAUUUCACAGUCUCCUGUGGGCUCAUCAGUUGGAACUUCAAAACAUUUAAAAGUAAAUUUAGUUUUCACUAAUCAAUAUCCUGUAUUAGGAUGGUGUUUCACCAGAUGAGGUUGUAAGGUUUGGAACAGAAAGCAUUGCAUUACACUCCUGGGUUCAAAGAAGACAGUACUCUGCUUUAAAGGAAAUCCUGGGAACUGGAGUGACCAUUCAUUUACAGGUAACAAUGUGAAGUUUUUUCCCCCUAAGCUCUAUACAUCAUUUUAAGACACAGUGUUUAACACUUCAUGUAGGUAUAGAACCAUUUUCAGUGUUAUCAUCCAUGCAAACACUAGCACUGUUGGCAUACCUUCUGUUUUCUGAUGCUGAAUCUAAGAUUGCUUUCUGGGCUUUGUUUGAUUUAGAAUUAAAAGUUGUUUCUACCCUUUUCCUUCAUUCUGUUUUUUAAUGGCCAAAAUUGGCCAUACAAUUACAGUCAGGCACAAUAUUCUCAUUUUAGUGGGACAAAAAUGUUGAGAUGAGACUCCUCACCAAGAAGCCUAUCUCAUCUGUUAAGACUUCUGUUAUUAAAAAGCCAGUUUAAAAAUGUCAUGCUAGAUAUUUUUAGUGCAUGCAUUGGUGGAAUGCCUUUAAUAUAUUGUUACUUAGUCGCAAUAUUGGGACCUUUGGGAUAGUUCUGUCAUGCAACAGAUAUUUGGCACAAGGAAGGAGUGAACAAUUGGGGAUUUCUUUCAGUUUUUAGCAUAAAGGAGGACUGGAAGAGUCAUCAUUUUGUAACUUGAUGUUUCUUUAGCUUGUGGAAGUGUUUCUUUCUUAUAUUUGCCUUUUGAAGCACAAUUGACUAAUCUUAAUUAACAAUCCCUUUUUCAAGGAGAAUGAUUUACUUCGAGAAAUAUUUGACCUGGGACCGCAAGUGAAAUCUUCAGAAGCUCAUAAAUGCUCACGCUAUGAAAGGGUAAGUGUAAGAUGCAUCAGUGUAUUUUGCAGAAACUUGAUUUUUAUAAGUAAAGUAGCAGUGCAAUGUCAAUCUUUAACUGAUGAAUCAACAUUGCCCCCUGCUUCCUUUUGUCUAAUUUCCUCCAUUACAACCAGAAAAGAAGGAAAGUAAGAAAGAAAAUGAGAUGUAAAUAGCAUUUAAUAUUUUUGUAACCAUAGUUUGUAAUGAAAAAUUAUGACUAGUUCCAACUGUCAUAUGGUAAUUCUCAGGUCACUGGUCUGAGUUUGAAACUGAUGAAUCCUUUUUUUUACUGCAGCAACUUUACAAUAAUGCUGUCUCCAAGGCAAGAACUUUGGCUCGUGGAAAGAAUAGAGACAAGAGGAAUGCAUCAAUCAUGUUCUAGACACUUGGCAUUUUAAUGUACACUUUAAUUAAUGCUAGUUAACAAUCUGAUGCACCAAAGUUAUUUUACUGUACUUGGCUUCAUGUUGUUCACAUUGAGUUUGCAGAAUAAGCAAUGAUUUUUUAGUGAGAGAUUUCAAUUUUUCCUUGAAAUGAUCCAUGACUUCAUGUGUGGCAGUGGUACAUUUAGUUAAUUUACUAGGUCACAAGAUUUUGAUUCCAAAAGCAGUUUAGGCUAGUGUAGUCUGAGAAGGAGGGUAGUUACAGUAUAUUUGUUGCUUUGCUCAAUAGAAGUCCUCUUAUCAUAAGUGAAUCUGUAAUAGUUGUAGAUUUAAGUUAGAUAUUUAAAGGAGUCAUUGAUUUUGGGAUUGGUUUUUAAUUAUGGGUUAUGAGUGUUGAUAAAAAUGUGUUUAUGGACAUGACUGACUUGAUGACAAAGUCCUAAUAUGCCAUACACUUUAUUGAAGACUAUGUGGUGAUGAAGAUAAACACCACCAAAUGAGCAAACACAACAGCCUUAAAUUCAAUAUAUUAUUAUUAAUUUAUUUUAAGUAUCCUUUCAAAGCUGUAAUGUAUGCUAAAUUCUAAACUAAUUUGUUUGUUUGAUGACUAAUCGAGAUUUUGUCUAAAAAGUAUUACUAAAACUGAAGAAAAGCAUAUUAUUUUGGCAAUUGUAAAUAGACAGUUAAUAGGGAAGUAUUGGUUAAUCCUUGCAUCCUAGAACCAGCAUGCAUAUUCUCUAUACUGUUCCAUCUUCAUUUCCCAAGUUACCAAAAGAAUCUGAUUAACAAUCAAGAGCUUCUUUAGUUGGUGAUUAUGUUCUUUAUUUACAUUACCUUAAGGUGUGAUUCAGGGGUGAAUUGUAAGGAGAAAUUAGAUGCUUAAUAAGAGGGUUAAAGAAGAAGGUUGCCCAACUAUAUGAUAUAAACCUCUGUAUUUAAAAGCAAGUUUUUAAUUAUUUUGCUGGUGACAAUUUGAAAUCCAAAAAUUGAGAGUGUAGUUGUGACAACCCAGAGAGCUCAUGCCUUACAUAUUAAUGUAGUUGUCCUUUGAAGAAUGCCUGGAUAAUAGUUGUUUUGCUUGGAUUGUACUAGAUCUUACUUUUUCCCUUGAAACACAGAAAUUUUUACAUCUUUGAUUAUGGAAAUAAUACCGUUUACAAUAAUACUGGUGUAGGAUAUUUUGAAAUAUUAAGUAGGUUAGUGAUAUUUCCUUUCUGUAAUUGCGCAAAGUUGUAACAAUUUUUGAUUGCUUUAUUUCAUAUAAUCUAGCUGGACUAGGUAUCCUAUGUACUAAAGUUAUCCUUAAUUACUUGGAAGGAAACAUUCCAUUUCACGGGGUAGUAUCUUCUACAUACUGAAACAACUGCAUUAAAUAUCUGGUGUUAAAAGC